AUGGCGCUUCCCAGGCAUUUCCUCAUCAAAGUCGCUGGCGGGAAGACCAUGGCAAUGCCGUCUGUCGGAUUUGGAACCUGGGCGGCGGGCGAUUCUGGGUGGUGCAAGGCCGCCGUCCUGACAGCUCUCAAGCUGGGAUACAGGCAUCUAGACUGUGCUUGGAAAUACGGGGUUGAUGAAGAAGUGGGAGCUGCGAUUCGCGAAUCCGGGGUCCCCAGAUCCGAAAUCUUCGUGACGACCAAGUUCUGGCCGCAUUUCGCCGCCCCGGAGAACGUGGAGCUCAGUCUCGACCAGUCGCUGAAGCUGAUGGGCCUCGAAUAUGUCGACUUACUAUUGGCGCACUGGCCUGUUGCUUUCAAGCCCAUAUCCCGAGAAGCGCUGGAGCAUGCUGAUACCGGCAAGAUGGCUUCCUGGGCGGAGAAGGGAAUAUCGAUGCGGGAAGGAACAGAUAGCCCAGGGAGUUUUGUCCCCACCUGGAAAGCGAUGCAAGGGCUCGUGUCGUCCGGCAAGACGCGCGCCGUGGGUGUCUCUAACUUCUCGGUCUCUGAGCUCAAAGAAAUCCUCCCGCACGCGGAAGAAAUCCCUAUAUCGUGCAACCAGGUUGAAGUCCAUCCGUGGCUGCCGCAGAACGAGCUGAUCGGUUUCUCUAGAGGACAUGACAUCCUCACGACGUGUUACUCACCGUUUGCGGGUCAAAAGGCCGAUCGAGCGACACUGCUGAAGGACCCGACGGUCAAGAAGCUUGCAGAACAAUGUAAGAUGGAUGUGGGCCAGCUGUUACAGAGCUGGGCGGUACAGCGAGGUACCGUUCCGUUGGGCAAGAGCCAGACAGAAGCUCGCAUCAAGUCCAAUCUCGCUGUGCGGAGGCUGUCGCCUGAAGUCAUGGCGGCGCUUGACAGCCUCGAGGUUCCGAACGGUAAAGGAAGGACGAAUGAUUAUUCCGCCGUCUGGGGCGUGAACCUGUACACCAACUAA